AUGGAUUCCUUUUUCAAAGUUGCAAAUGAAGAUUGUGUGCCUUCUGACCUAGACAUUCUCAGAUGCCCCUUUUUGAGAAACAUCAAUGAGCCCACCAAUUUUUCCUUCGCCUCAUCCUUGGCCUUCCCAGUGCCUGGACGCAGCGGCAAAGGUCCAAUUUUUGAAGAUGGUCCCAAUUUUGACAUGGCAUUUAGGCUUUUCCAUGGGAGUGAUGGAGUAGUCCCCCUUUCUGGAAGAUCAUUUGUGCAUUCUAACAUAGUUGAGCCUCAACCAGCCCCAUCCAUGUUUAAUCCAUUAGCUGCAAAGGCAGCCACUAUCAGUCUCUCAUCCUUUGGAGGGCCAUUCAGCUUUGAUGCAUUCUCUGAGAAGUGGAAGAAUCAGAAACGAAAAUCCAAUUCCUCCAAAAAAGAUUCUUCUUCAAAGGGAGGAAAUUCUAAUCACGAGGCUUUAAGUAAUGAGUGGCUGCAAUCCGGAAGCUGUCCAAUUGCAAAGUCAUACCGCGCUGUCAGUGGUGUAAUUCCGCUUGUUGCAAAGGCUUUUCAGCCCCCUCCGGGCAUGAAAAUUAAGUGCCCACCAGCAAUAGUUGCAGCCCGAGCAGCUCUGGCACGAACUGCAUUUGCAAAGAACCUCCGCCCACAACCCCUUCCUGAAAAAGUACUUGUGAUUGGAGCGUUGGGCAUGGCAGCCAAUGUUCCUUUAGGGGUAUGGAGGGAGCACACCAAGAAAUUCUCACCAUCUUGGUUUGCUGCUGUGCAUGCAGCCGUUCCAUUCAUAGCCAUACUUCGGAAGUCUGUGCUGAUGCCUAAAUCAGCCAUGGCUUUUACCAUUGCAGCAUCAGUGCUAGGACAGGUCAUUGGCUCGAGAGCAGAGCGAUACCGGCUGAAGGCAGUGGCUGCCAAAAAAUUGUCUCUGACUGAAACCUCUGUUGGUGGGACAAGCGAGUUACAGGUGCUUAAAGCAAAAACUGGUCACUGCAAUGACAUUGAGGAGUGGAAUUCAGUUGCUCUUCAGGUUACGCGUCCUUCUUCAUCAACCGAUGUGUUCUGCUGA